CAGCGUAACAUUAUACUCAGGUUCUUGUAUUAUAUAUCGUAAUACACACCAGUUACCUCUUAUGCAGUAUCGGUCGGCCUCAGGAUCCCGUGGCGCCACUCCUGCUUGCCAUUCCACCCGUGACUUUUCUCUCUUCAUGACCUUCAACUCGCUGCAGACACUCCUUUGGCUAGCCUUCUACUAUUGUUAUCUUCUUCAUCCUGGUGUCGGAUACCUUGACUACUUCUACAGUAGAUGGUAUCUGAACCUUGCGGUCAUUCUUUUUGAACCCUCCCUCCUAAUUAAUCCCUCACAACUACCCCAUCGGUUCCUCGGCACUUGGUGCCAUUUGCGUCCCCUGAUUUUGGUGGGCCUGACCUGACCAGGAUCCCCGAUCAGAUAUCUCGCCAUCGCCGGUCCAUAAUCAUUGCGUUGUCCCACGGGCCCUUAAAUCUCCUGCUAUAUCUUUGGCCUGCGUCAGGAACCUCUCGCUGCCUCACUCGCAUUCGAUCGGGAUUUCGGUUUCGAUUUCUCUUUUAUCUUUGAAUCUCCUAUCCACCUUUGAUCUCCGCGACUGAUGCGGUAGGUCUGUCGAAUAACCUUUCCCAUUACUUGACUUGCAUAGUCCUGGCGAUCGAUCGUCCUCAUCCCAUCAUGGCUACCAACGCGUCGGUCGUCUUUGACCUCCCACCUCUUCCGACCUACACUCUGACUCCCCGCCCGCCGGUUCUUGCUCCGAUCCCAGACAACAUCCUCGCCCUGAUCUUACCCAUCGUUGCCUACUGGGCCUUGUCCAUGGUAUAUCACUUUAUCGAUGUCAAUGAUUACUUCCCUCAAUACCGCCUACACACCCCCGCUGAGGUGCUGAAGCGAAACCGAGUCACGCGCUGGGAGGUAGUGAGAGAUGUCCUGCUACAGCAAGUAGUCCAGACACUCGCCGGCAUGGCGGUGAGCUAUUGCGAUGAACCCGAAUAUUUGGGUAAAGAAGAAUAUGAUGUGGCUGUCUGGGCUCGCCGUCUUCGCCUCUUGCAAAGAGGCUUGCCUCACCUGCUGGCUCUCUUUGGUAUUGAUGCUUCGGGUUUGGGGAAGAAUCUGUCGCACAAGGGCUGGGCAAUGCUCGGAGGUGCCAUUGCAGGCGGACACUAUCCUGAAUUUACCCAGUCCCUUAUUCUGGAUAGUGGCGCCGAAGCGGUGGUUCCUGCAUUCACCAGCUGGGAACUUUCCACGGCUGGAUUCAUCUACUGGUUCUUCGUCCCCGCAUUGCAGUUCAUCUGGGGCGUUUGCGUCGUCGAUACCUGGCAAUACUUCCUGCAUCGCGCGAUGCACCUGAACCGGUGGCUUUAUGUAACCUUCCAUUCCCGCCACCAUCGCUUAUACGUUCCCUAUGCUUUCGGUGCUCUCUACAACCAUCCCGUUGAAGGGUUCCUUCUCGAUACUGCUGGCACCGGCGUCGCAUUCCUGACAGCCCGGAUGUCGAAUCGCCAGAGCAUGUGGUUCUUCACCUUUUCCACCAUUAAGACGGUUGACGAUCACUGCGGCUAUGCUUUCCCUUGGGAUCCGCUGCAGCAUUUCACAUCCAACAAUGCCGCUUACCAUGACAUUCACCACCAAAGCUGGGGCAUCAAGACGAACUUCUCGCAGCCUUUCUUCACAAUCUGGGAUCGUUGGUUCGGUACCCAGUGGAAGGGCGAUGUGAAGCUACGCUACGAACGUUCCCGUGAAUCCGCUCAGAAGCAGCUUGACAAUGAUGCUAGCUCCGCCACCAGUUCGGGCGCUGAUACUCCGGCAUCGGGUAGUGUCACUCCUGUACCUGCUCCCCAGGAAGUACCGGCAGAGUCCACUCGCUCUCGCCGCAGAAAGACCGUCACGCUUUCCCCUCAUGUCGACGGUUUCCGAAGCGUAAACCACCCUGUCGCCAGCAGCGUUCUAUAGUGAGGUUUUUUUGCCCUCAUAAUUCGUUGUAAUAAUUCUUUCACUUUUUGUCUUCGACGCCCACCGGGGGUCUUUGGAGUUGCGGGACGUCUCCUACUUCCGACUUCGCUGUCUGUUCACUGCAUUAUUCUUUACGCUGUAUUAAUAGCCAGGUUGAUAAGAACCUGCUACGGACUUGUACAAUGUCUUUUUACCCGCCUGCCUACUGUUCGGGUUAUCUACUAAUCGGGCAUCCUGCAUGACCAUGGAGAUUUGGAAAAUUGACGAGCACUUUUCUUCUGUUCUUUCCACUCAAUCCUUGUCUUUACUAAAUAAUCUGUACAAAUUUCACUUCUUCCACAUUCUGAUGACU